GGAGCCUUUGGUAUGACCAGAAAUGACAUUUCUUGUACUCUGAUGAAGGUGGAAUUUCCUAAUAUUGCUACAUCUCGGUUUUCCCAGCUCUAAAUUAGAGCGCUGGGAUUACUGCUUCUCCAACAAGUUGGUGGCAACUAAGGCGAUGUGUCCACGAACACCUUCAGAAUUCGUACCGGGGGAAAGACAGCGCGGGUCAGCCGAAGAGUGAGAACGGAGUGACGUCUCCUCACCGGGUUUUCGCUCGGGACUCUGUCUCGGACUCUUCUUCGGUCAAUCCCGAGCGAAGGAGGCGGAUCUCUCUAACGUGGCGGUCGAGAGUUAGAUUUUCUGGUUCGGCGCCCAGCUUGGGGUGAGGAACAGCGGCGGUCCUUGAUUCUGCCUGCCUUAAACAGAGCGGCCAACGCUGUGACGGAUUUUUCCCAGCCCCCCUUCCCCAUCGCGACGUUUGGAACGGCAGCUGCCUCAUAAUAGCAUCCGACCAUCGCCGAGGAAGACGGACAGAGGACGUCGAAGAACAGAGGCGCUGCUUCAGAGAGCUGGGGGCGGGAUGGGGGGCGGGGGAGAGUAGCGUUAACAACGACCACCUGUGACACCGUAACGCGUCCCACCAUGAAAUCCGAAGCCAAGGACGCGGAAGAGGAGAGCCUGCAGACUGCUUUCAAGAAGCUGAGAGUGGACGCGGCGGGGUCAACGGCCUCCCUUCCCGUCGGAGAGGGGACGAGCGUCCGAGCGUCAGCCCGAACGCCUCCAGACGAGACCAAACCCAAAGCCGCGUGUGCCCCGAAAGACAGCUGGCAUGGGUCAACGAGGAAAGCUUCCAGAGGAACCGCGAGAACCCAGCGGCGCCGGCGCUCCAAAUCUCCCGUCCUUCACCCUCCGAAGUUCAUCCACUGCGGCACGAAAGCCUCUUCCCCCAGCGGCCGGCUCAAGCACAAGAGCCAGAGCGACCCCGCGGACGGCGGCGGCGGCCGGCUGGGCAUCCCCGCCCCUAAAGAGUUCAGCCCGAGCGAACACCCCGUGGCACCCCUCGCCGCCUCCGACCCCCCGGGAGCCGCCCCCGAGGCCCCGGCGGGCGGCCCCGCGGCCGGCGGGGGCCCCCGGGAGACCCCGGCCUCCGCCCUGGCCUCUCGAGGCCGUGACCUCUCUGACUUCCGGGCCGUGUCCGAGCUGAACCGGGGCCGGCCGUGUGCCUGCGCGGGGCGGGAGUGCCGCUGUCAGCGGUGGCAGGACAUGGAGGUGUAUUCCUUUUCGGGCCUGCAGAACGUCCCGCCCUUGGCGGCGGAGAGGAGGGGUCCCCUGGAGGACUACGCUCAGUCUUUGCACGGCAGAACUCCGGCCGGCCUGGGGGCCGCCGGCUCCCCGCGAUCCUGUUCCGAGCAGGCCAGGGCCUACGUGGACGAUGUGACCAUCGAAGACCUGUCGGGCUACAUGGAGUACUAUUUGUACAUCCCCAAGAAAAUGUCUCACAUGGCGGAGAUGAUGUACACCUGAAAGCCACCGGGCCGCGAGACCGGCGGCAGGGCCGGCGGGGAACCGCCCGGCCCUCGGCGGACCUCUACGAUCCCUCUCCGUGCGGGGCAAACACCUCUCUCUGCUCACUGCGCUUGCAAUAAAAACGUCUCUUGGCAUCUCGGCUCA